AGGUCAUGAAUAAAUUCUGCUCACCAUUCGCUGAUGAAGAUUGUUGGCCAUCGUUAAACGAUUUCGACUGCAUCCUCCGAAGUUACGAAGCACUCUAUAAGGAAAUUGAAGCAAAUCCAGUUGAAAUUGAGAUUGAAGAAAAUCCCGUACACACGUUUGUUGCUUACGAUGAGUCAAUGAACAAACCGCGAUUUUUCACACCAUCACUGCAGCACCAACGUAACAGUUUCGUUAAAGAAACAUUAUCGAAGUACAUUGAGGAGACAGACGAGAAAGUUGGCAAACUGGCAGUCCUUGGUUGUGGUGCACUAUCUUUGGAGAGGACAUUGAUGACCAACUUCGGUGAAUUAGGAAUAGAACGUGUGUUAUCUGUGGAUAUCGAUUCUCAGGAGCUAGCCAAGGGGCUGAAGUAUAUGAAGCUGACAGCAAAUCAGAACGAGAACAUCUUAUGUAAUUCAAACUCUUUACCUGUUCUAUUCGAAGCUUAUCAAGGCAAUAUUCUCGAGUAUGACGAGCGUUUGGCAGGAGCAACCUGUGUUUGCUCAACUGAAGUAAUUGAGCAUAUGGCAGAAGAGAAAGCAAAAGAGUAUGUGCGAUCGGUGCUGCUCACCGUAAAACCGCAGUUAUUUAUUAUUUCUACACCCAAUCACGAGUACAACGAAGCAUUUGGUUUGCCCACAAACACGUUUCGGCACGAUGAUCACAAGUUUGAAUUCACCCGACAAGGUUUUAGAUUCUGGCUGUACAACAUAAUGAAAGAAUUUUCGUCUGACUACACUUACACCAUAGAAUACGUUGGAAAUAUUUCGAAAUACGCACACUUGCAAGGUGCUACUCAGUUUGCUGUCAUACGAAGGAAGUUUGGCAAAUCGGCUUUGAUACUGCCUCACUCUAACACAAGGCCAUACAAGAAGGUUGGGGAAGUGAUUGCGAAGAACUCCCUAUAUUCGCUAGAACGUGAAAAAGUGCGAGAAGCGUUCAAGCUAUGGCUUAGCCGCAAUCCGCUACGAGAAAAUGAUUUGUUGAAGACCUUUGUGGGCAAUUACUGGCGAGUUGGUAUGUCUUCUGUUGUGGAUCUCAUAAAUCUGCCCGAACCUUUGAAGGCGAAGUUGAACCAAAAAGCGCUAGUUGAUAUGCUUCGAUUUUUGUGCAAUGGUCGUAUUGUUUACGAAACUCAUCAUGGCGAAGCUUGUCUGAACAUUCCCCAUCAUGUGACAAAAGACGAACUCAUUGGCAUAAUGAAUUCAAAGAAUGUCGGAAGUCCUCCCCCUCUUGGCUUAUGCGCGUAACGCUUGGAAUAUCCUCGUUUUAACAAAUCUCUGGAUAGAAACUAUAAAAUUAGUAUCUCAUUAUGUUCUACCCUAAUAAGGAAGGAUUCAAAUGGUAGCAGGUCUGAACCUUACUAGUCGCACUUUUCUCUGGCGGCUCUUUUGAAAUAUUUGAAUUUUUCAUGAAAGAAGGGGAAUGUAGGUCACCAUAGUCAACAGAUACAACCUAUACUUUUAGUGCGAAGCAGAGGUACGCACUAAAAGUAUGCUUGAUAAGAAAUUUAUAGCGUUCAGACCCGCAUCAGCUGAAGUCUACGCAUCCGCCAAAUGAAGUGAUAUCCCAUUUUAGUGCUACUAAUCUCCUUUCAAAAUAACUGAAGUAUAGCUCUGCUUUGCCAUUUCAGUGACUAAUCUAUUUUCUAACAUGUUUUUCGACUUAUGUAGUUUCUGAGACUUGUAUUCUCUUUGCUGAGAAGCACUUCAUCUUGAAGUCUAUUAUCAUAUCUGCCUGUUAUGUCAAUACGAGGUGUACAAUAACCUUCUUGUUGUUAUCAUAGUUGAUCUAAUAUUGCUGGCAGCAGUUUGUAUUCACACUUUUGUCACGGUUUUCCAAUUUGAAUGAGCAGUAUUGUUAUCAAACUUCGUGAAUUACAUUUUACGUCAUCGAAAUGACAGUUAUUAGUUGUAAAAUCGAGAGCGGUAAAUAUUCUAAUUUCACUCGUACAAGGCGCGCGGGGUUUUUUCCGAAAUUGACCGCCCAAACACGUCAAAGGACUUCGCAAUCAAAGGAGCCUGUAACAUGAAG